AGAAACGAAACUGGCUUCAGCGCGCAUGUGCGCGGAUGUGCGUUGGUUCUUCGGGUAAAGAUGGCGGAGCGUGGUUACAGCUUUUCGCUGACUACAUUCAGCCCGUCUGGUAAGCUUGUCCAGAUAGAAUAUGCUUUGGCUGCUGUAGCUGGAGGAGCUCCUUCAGUGGGAAUUAAAGCUGCAAAUGGCGUGGUCUUGGCAACUGAGAAGAAACAGAAGUCCAUUCUGUAUGAUGAGCGAAGUGUCCACAAAGUGGAACCAAUCACCAAGCAUAUAGGUUUGGUGUAUAGUGGCAUGGGCCCAGAUUACAGGGUACUUGUGCACAGAGCUCGAAAACUAGCUCAACAGUACUAUCUUGUUUACCAAGAACCCAUUCCCACAGCUCAGCUGGUCCAGAGAGUAGCUUCUGUGAUGCAGGAAUACACCCAGUCAGGUGGUGUUCGCCCAUUUGGAGUUUCUUUACUUAUCUGUGGUUGGAAUGAGGGACGGCCAUAUUUAUUUCAGUCAGAUCCAUCUGGAGCUUACUUUGCCUGGAAAGCCACAGCAAUGGGAAAGAACUAUGUGAAUGGGAAAACUUUCCUUGAGAAAAGAUAUAAUGAAGAUCUGGAACUUGAAGAUGCCAUUCAUACAGCCAUAUUAACCCUAAAGGAAAGCUUUGAAGGGCAGAUGACAGAAGAUAAUAUUGAAGUUGGAAUCUGCAACGAAGCCGGAUUUAGGAGGCUUACCCCAACUGAAGUUAAGGAUUAUUUGGCUGCCAUUGCAUAAUAAUGCAAAUAAUGAAGUGACUGAAAAUCCAGAAUUUCAGAUAACUUCUCUACUUAAACAUGUUUAAAGUAUGUUUUGUUUUGCAGACUUUUUGCAUACUUAUUUCUACAUGGUUUGAUGGACUGAUGUUUUUAAAAUGAGACUUAUAAAUCAUAAUAAACUCUUAAAUUAACUUCCAGCUUUUUAGGAGUUAGUAAACUUUUAACAUAGUUAUAUUUCCUGCUUUCCAUCACAGUUGAUUUCUGGAAACUACAUUGAAAAGCAGAAUGGUGAAAUUGGUCUUUAGUCUUCACACAGUUUCGAUUAAGUCAAACUUUGUCAUCUUCUUUACUGUCAGAUGUUGUCUGCUUCAGGAAAGCAAAAUCCUGAUUUCAGUAAACACUGCUUUUGGAGCUGAGAGAAUCUGUAGACUUUCAUGGAUUCUGAGGCAAGGUAGGAAGCAUAGCUGUAUUUCGGGCACCAUUAGGUGUGGAUCAGUGAAACCUAGGAUGUUCUAUGAGAUUGCACUGGAGCUGCCGAGAGUGCUAAGCCACAGUCUCCUAUAGGAGAUGUACCAUGUAGAUACAUAAAAAAUGGUGUGCUAGUUCCUGUUGACUUUUCCAUCACUAGUACGUAAAUGUAUUUCAAAAGAGCCCCUAGAGUCUACUGGAUCUUUCUAACUCAAGGAUGAACGUGAGUGCUGGAAAUAAAAUACUAAUACUUAAAUGUCAAAA